GAAAGAAAAAUAAUCGUCCAGCUCUCCCGUACUGACGACCCACCUAGCGGGCCAAACGACCAGGCGCUUGUUCCCGCCGCUUACUCUCUCUCCUCCUCGGCCGCCGCGCUGGAUUCGCUCGAGGAAAUCCCGAACCCGAGAAUCCUGGACUACCACGACCUGAACUACUACGACCUGGGGAAUCUGGACGACCUGGACUACCACAUGGGCUGGGUCAGGCGGUCGUGGGGCGGGCAGGCCGGCGGCCCGCAGCUGGGGAGUGCCAUGAACUACCCAUCAACAACGCAGGCGCUUUUUGCGCUGAUCGUCAUGAUCAUAGUGCUGCUGUUCAUCCUCGUGUACUGCUGCUGGGGCACCUUCUCCUGCGCUCGCCAAGAUGACGCCUCCACUGCAGAAGACGGCGCAGUGGGCACCCAGCAACAGCCGCAGCAAGGGGGCGGGCAGAUGGUCAUAGUCCCAUUCAGCAACAUGUUAUACGUGGGAGAUCCGGAAUCGCGGCGCAUCUACCAGAUCCCCCUCGACCAAGACAAACCUCCUGCGUAUACCGAGGUGUUCACAGCCGGGCCUCCCCCACCUUACAGCACGGACAGCACUGCCACGGACGUCUCCCCUCCCCCUCCCGGCGCAGAGCCUGAGACGAGAGCCUUGUUACCGGACCUGCCUCCUUCCUAUGAGGACUGCUUGUCUAACCCUUCUUCAGACGACAAGACUCAGGCUCAGGCCACAGAACCUACUCAGGAUCAAACAUCAGCUCAGGAAUCGAGUAACGCCCAGUCCUCUACUGAAUCAUCAAGCCCGCAGACAAAUAGCACCAUAUCCCCUGACUUGCAACCAUCGGCUAUAGUGUCCAGUGUGCCAGGCCAAACAGAAACUCGCAUCUCAUCCAAUGUAACCCAAGGUUGGAGGCUGGAAGGUAUCAUCCUCCGACCAGCUAACCUCCCAAGCCUUGAGAGAAGAGUGGUGGAGAAUGAAGACAGCACAACCCAGCCGUCCCAGAAUAGUACACAAUCCAGCUGAGAAAAUACAUUAAUAUUGUGUUGUUUUAGAUAAGUUAUCCUCUCUUUUUUUUCCAAUGAUCUGUCUCAAACUAUAUAUUCUGACUUAUCUGUGCCCUGUGGUGCAUAAAAUGAAUGAUGUAUAUGGAUCUGUUAUGCUGCAAACAGUGGACACACUCCUUGUCUUUAUACAAUGCUGCAUGCAACUCUCAAGUUCUCCGUAUCAAGGAACAAAUCUAGUCAGCCUGCUUCUGAAAAGUUCUGCUAUCUCCAACACCUCGCCUAGAACUAUUACUGUGGCUUAUCCUGGAUUAUGUUCUUGACAAUGAAUAUUUUAUACUGUGCAUAUGUGAUAGGUCAUGAAAUGGCUUAGUAUUUAAGGAUCUUUGUGUAUACACAUAUCUUCUUCUUCCCUGUCAUGUUGUGUCCUAUCUCUGUGUCCAUUUCUACUGUGAUGAGAUGUUGAUGUUGAUAUAUUCACGUUCAUGUUUUUACAAUGUAAACACAAUAGCAAAUGCUCACAUAUCUCUACUUUUUAAUGCUAAAUGUCUUACGUCAGCUAAAAGUAUAGGCCUAAGAAUCGGUAACAAAAAGGGAGGAAAAAAUUGUAAAUAUAUAGUUAGUAAGGUGAAAGAAUAAAGACAGUGCAAAGAAUCUGUCAAUUCAUAAACUGAUAUUUUGACGCAAGUCUAGGUAAACAGAUAGUGAUUUCAAUUCUUUUCUGUACGAGAAUAGCAUUGGUUUCUUAAUAUCAGCAGUACCAAAGCCGGGACAAUGAAUACUGCAAGCUAAUACUUUCUUACAAGGAUCAUUAUUAUGUCUUUUUUUUAAUGAUGUUUGUACUACUGAUACAAACUG